UUUAUUAUGCUAGCUGGUUUGGCUGGCUUAUAUUGUGCCGGGUGGCGUUGUAAAUGCAUGGCUGGCACUGUUCUCCAAGCUACGAUACAUCCUCCUCGUUCGCCACUUUCAUUUUCAAACCUCUCAGCUACGAGUUCGAGCUGUCCGAUCCUCUCGAUCGAAUCGAAGUGCUCGCGAGAUGUGGCGAUCGUUUACAGCGAACUGCGCAACGAACGAUACCGUGAAACGCUGUUACGCGUUUGCGAAUUACCGUCCAAGUUGCCAUAAAUUAUCAUAAAACUUUCUUAGUGUCGUCGAGUUAAAAGAACUUGAAACACACCAGUGACAUUUUCGAGGAUUUUCAUCGAGGUUCCAGGGUGAUUAUGUUCCUAAGUGGACGAACGUGACGAUAGAAGACAAAAGGGUCGGUGCUUUUACAACUCCAAAGAUCACGGACAAUUUCUCUUUCGUCGGUUCUCUGUGUUUGCCUCUCCGUCUUUCUAAUUAAACCAAACAGCCCUACCGUAAAUACGCGACAUUUAAUUUAACGCGCAGCAUGACAGUAAAUUCAGUCCAGGAAUUCCCUGUGUCCGUGGAGGUUCGCGGAGGGCUAUAAAAGUUUUCCCAAGGGACGCGUUGCGAGUGAACGAAACGGAGGGUGCAGGCCGUACGCGGUGAAAUGCGUUUCACGAGAAGCUGCGUAGUUACCCGAGAUUCUUCUCGUUUCCCAACGACCGGUGUCGCAGUUUAAAUCGAGGACCGUCUGGAUAUUCAAUCACGACAGUAUCGAUGAUCUAUGUCCGCGGGAGAAGAAAGGACACCGACGACGAAUGGUAGAGGGACGUUUCAAAGGAUUAUUUAAAUCUGUCGAGAAAAGGUGAUUUAUGUCAUUGCCAGGGCCAUGCCUCUCAGAUCGGAAGCUUCCUCUUCGAGGGACACCCUUAACACUAUCACCACUACGGACGAGCGACGUCGCACCGGAAGGUACGUCGCCGGUGGGGCCGUUCUGGCAAUCAUGUUGCUCAGCUUGCACCAUGCACUUUUGCGGGACGCGUCAACCCUGGCCGGUGUCUGCAUACCCGCCAUAAUAAUGGUGUGCUACAUUGUCUGGAUCCUGUAUUCCGCCCAUCGGGAUAGACGAAAGGCGUCGAGGCUCGCGACGGCGAUGCAGCUGACGGAAGUGAUCAGCGUCCCAUCCGGAUCCGACGAGACGAUCUGUAAAAACGGGAAGAGCAAGAAGGAGAGGCGAAAGUCCGAGUGUCCGAAAUUAGCCUACGGUGCGCAGUCCCGCGAGAAUCCCGCGUUCUCCUCCAAAGACGAGACAUCGUGAAAGAGGAACUCACCGUGGAAUUCCAACUCUCUUCCCGACUGUUUUUCCUAUUUUUUUCGUGGCGUGUCUCUCUGGAGAUCCUCUUCCAUCUUCUCUUUUUCUACGCGUCACGAAUAAUAAAUACGGGCUCGCUUAUAUUAAUAUUCGCACGUUCGAGGUUUCUAUACGCGAAUUUACGCGAUGAAAUUAUUUGUUUAUUCGACAUCGAGGAUUAUUUGUUUGUUCCGCGUGACGCAACGUUCGGCCGCAAUUUUCGUACGUGCGUUCCGCGCCUGCCCACGUAUUUCGCAAAUAAAUCUGUUCGCCGGCAAGAUAAAUCGCACGGCUGGCUCGAAUUUAUUUUGCGGGGACAAAUCGGCCCGGUCGAGGGUCAAUUCGAUCGUGGACCAAUUUCGAGGGUUACCCUUUCGUUCGAACGUGCCCGUUUUCGACAAAAUUCACGGAUUCGAACCGCGUGUCUCUUUUGCCUCUCCCUGGUGAGUCAGCCCUGUUUCUCGUGGCUUCUUCGUCAUCUUUUAUUUCGCACCUCGGCGGCUCGUAAAUUGUGCUUAUAAAGACUUAUGCGGAAUAUUACUUGUACAAUGCGGAGCCUGUUUAACGCGAUUCAACGAAGGUCUCCCAUUCUUCAGGGUAAUCCAGAAAAUUCGAGGAUGAAGGACAGGGGGUGGAAGAUAAAUGCUUUUAAUAAAAUUGCAUUUCGGUCGGACGCGAGUUCGAAGAAAAUUUACGCUUUUUAUGACAAAUAAAGAUUCUGUUACAAAGCAUGACUCGUUUCUUAUUGGGUUUAUGAUCAAUGUUUUCCUGUAGUAAACAAUUUUAUAGACGAUUCGAUUCGUUCACUCGCGUACAUGUUUUUUUACUGCAUUUAAUUAACCGUUAAUCGGAUACAUUCUCCUCUAACUGCCUGUAAAGUUUCUUUCUUUAUCGCCACAAUUUUUCAACGCCACCUGAAUAACAGUCCUCCGUUUCCGCGAAAGAAAACCCAAGGGUGUAACCUCGGCCAGAGGAGCGAUUCAGCGCGGCCGCGUUUUAAUAGACGGCGUUCAUUAAUUAGGAAAAAAUAUGAAGUGACGGCGAGAUUUAUUAGCAGAACCUCCGCAAUUCAUUUUCGUCGCAGAUCGUUUCCUUCUUAUCUCUCGAUUAUUCCUCGAAUUAAGCGAUUCGAGAGAUAGGGAGAAAAGGAGGAAAAAAGAAUCCUCGGCGUUCGAAGUACAACGGUCGAUCUCGUCGAGGAGAAACAGCGCAGGAGAGAACACCGGAUGUUUCUGGCACGGCUGAACCACCAAUUCGAUUGAAUCGUGUUCGAUUCGUGCGGAUUACGCAACCAGUAAUUCAAGCAGAUUCUAUUUCGCCGGAAUAAUUAGAUUCCGGGACAUGCGACUGCGGCAUCCAUCUUUCAAUUACAACGCGGAAGGAGCACCAUUUCGACGCUUGUCCAUCUGCACAUUGUCCAUGAUUUUUACAGACUCAAAGUUGAAUUAACACUAUGAUGUCGAAUUAAUUUACUUACAUGUAAAGCAGAAAUCGAGGACUUUUAAUUCUUUGCACUCUUCAAUUUCUUUUACCUGUCAAUUUCUUAAUGCCU